GAAGGUCGUUAAUUUAUAUUUAUUGCGACGUUACCGCGAUUUUUCGCUCACUCGUUCUUUUUUCUUGCGUCGUGUUACGUUAACUUUGUCAGCAUCUAUUAAUUACAAUAUCUCGUUCGCAUAACAGAACCAGAAAUAAUUUUUAGAAAUAUGUGGUGGUCGUGGUGGAUGGCGCUCUUUUUCGGAGCGGUCUCUUUGGAGAGGCAAGUCGAGACCCUUCAGGUCAAGAGUCACAAACUUCAAACGAAACUGGAGAUGAAGUACGUGGACUUCGAGUUCGAUAGCGACAAAGAGAGGAAGGAGGCCAUCGACUCUGGCCGAUACGAUCACACGAAAUGCAUUCCUAUAGACGUCGAUCGAUGGGGGAAAGAUCGCAUGUUCGUCACGGUAGUAAGAGACAAAGGCGUGCCUGCCUCCUUGACCACCGUGUCCAAUAAAAUGGGCCCCGGUGGUCCUCUCCUCAAACCUUAUCCAAAUUGGAGUUGGUACAAUCACAACAACUGCAACAAGCCACACAUCAUCGGCGUUUACAGAGUCGCGAUCGACCAAUGCAACAAAUUGUGGGUCUUGGACACCGGCAUGACGGGCUCGGAAGCCACGUGUCCUCCGCAACUUCUCAGCUUCGAUCUGAUAACGAACGAACUCCUGAGUGCAGUUACGGUGCCAAAGGAAUUUGCGGUGAAUUCCACCACGGGCAAAGGAUUGCUGGUGACGCCGAUCGUCCGGACGGGUGGUUUUAGAUGCUGGGAGACUCAAGUAUUCAUAGCUGAUCCAGACGGCUACGCUUUACUGGUGUACGACACCUCUUCGACCAAAUGGAGUCGAGUGAUUUCGAGCGCGUUGGUCUACGAUCCGAAAGCGGUAACUUACACGAUAGCGGGAGAGAGUUUCGAUUUGAUGGAUGGACCCGUAGGAAUGGCCCUAUCCCCGACAGGAGAGACACUUUACCUCAGCCCGAUGUCGUCCUACAAGAUGGUGUCUGCCAGCACCGACCAACUUACUCGUGCGAAAGGCGUCGACGAUUCGGUGCCAUUCGAAGUGCACGAGAAGCUGGAUUCUCAAUUGAGUGCCAAGGCAAUGUCGAGAAAAGGAACUCUGUUCUUCGGAAUCACAAGAAACGCGUCCAUCGGGUGCUGGAACGAACGCAAAGCGCUAACCGAGGACAAUAUGUUGAUAAUCGCCCAGGAUCCUGAAGACCUACAGUUCGUCAGCGGGGCGAAAGUUGUAAAGGGUAGGUAUCAGGUUUCGGAAGAGUUGCUAGUGCUUUCGAAUCGUUACCAGAAAUUCGUGACGGGUACAAUGAAUUUCGACGAGAUUAAUUUCCGUAUCCUGAAAGGUAAUGUGAGGCAUAUGAUAAAGGGUUCUGUUUGCGACCAAUGAAAAUGACGGCAUCAGGAUGGCCGAGAUAAAGUAGAAAUACUUACAGAAAGAUAAAUCGCUAAUAUAUUAUGAUUUUUAUUUAAAA